CUGAAAUGUGUUUAUGGUCAUGAUUUAGUUUCAUCUAAUUGUGUUUUCUUCCCUCUAAGGUGUGCGUCCCAAACAUGUGGACAUGGAGAUUUGCAUCAUGAGGAAACUGGUUCACCAUAAAAACAUCCUCCAGCUUCUGGACUGGAACACGAGUGAACAGCCCUACAUUCUGAUCAUGGAGUAUGUUAGUUAUGGCACACUGAGGACCUUCCUCCAGACCAACAGGGUCCACCUCAGUGCAGACCCAGAGCUGCAAAGCCUCCUCACUAUUGCUUCCUACCACAUCGCCCUGGCGAUGCAGCACCUGCGCUCCAAAAUGAUCGUUCACUGUGACUUAGCUCUGAGGAAUAUUAUGGUCAAUAAGUUUCCUUGGGAGGUGAAAUUAGCAGAGUUUGGUCUGGCCCGGGACCUGAGCCGCAUGGCAAGCCGCCACAGCAGCCGUUGGAGGAGUCCACGACCACGCGUGCCGCUGCGCUGGUACCCCCCUGAGUACUUCAAGAGCAACUACUACAGCUUCAAAGGAGAUGUAUGGGCGUUUGGCAUUGUACUGUGGGAGAUGCAGACAUUUGGUACAUUACCAUACCCCAACCUGGAGACAUCAGAGGAAGURGUGUUCCACAUYUGCAUGGGUCAUAAGAACACAAAGCCUGAAGGAUGCAGACCAGAAAUGCUUCACAUCAUGCGUGACUGCUGGCAGGAGCCUUACACCCUGAGGCCCGCCUUCAAGGACAUCGUAUCCAUGCUGGAGAACAUCAUAGAAGAUGAUGCAGAUUAUGUGGAUGUGGAGAGUCCGCAAAAUUUGGCUAAAGAUCGGGCAGAAUAUCAUGAAGAUAAAAGUCUGCGAGGGAGUCUCGUCUUGAAAGAAGAACAUCACGUUUAAAUAACAUAUAUAUCAAGGCUGUGUUAAUAGAAGAGAUGUGCCGAUCAGGUUUUUUCCUGCCGAUUCCGAUCACCCAUGAGGGCCAAUCACCGA